UACUCUCCACAAAAAAAAAAGUAGAUUGAUUGAUUGUGUUUUCUAAUUUGUCUGAUUGUAAUCAUUCAAUACUUUAUUAAGCCACUAGACUAAAGUAGAAGACAAUUAUGAAGACCAGCAGUAACAUAUAGACCGGUCUCGUUUUCAUUUUAUGCAUGGAAUUAUAUGUGAGUAGCUGCAUAUAAAGACUAGCGGGAGGAGCCAUCUUUUGCUACGCAAAACCAUUUUUCUUGUCCUGAAUCUAAGAAAUGGCGGAAGGAGUUCUCUUCAACGUUGCAGGAGGGAUCAUUGAGAGGCUAGGCUCCCUAGUUUUCCAAGAGAUUGGAUUGAUUUGGGGUGUCCAAGACGAGUUCCAGAAGCUCAAAGAGACAGUGGCCAGAUUCCAAGCUGUUCUUCUUGACGCUGAGCAAAAGCAAGCCAACAAUGAAGUCAAACUGUGGCUCCAAAGUGUAGAAGACGCAGUUUAUGAAGCCGAUGACGUGUUGGAUGAGUUUAAUACUAAAAAUCAACGGAGAAAAAUGAUGCCUGAAAAUACAAAGCUAUUAAAAAAGGUAGGCCUUUUUUUUUCUAGCUCAAAUCAACUUGUUUUUGGGCUAAAGAUGGGUCAUAAGAUAAAAGAUAUUAACAAAAGGCUGAGUGAGGUUGCAAAUCGUAGAACCUUUCACUUAGAAGUAAAUCGUGAAGAUACACGAUUUGUAAAGAGAGAGAGGGUCACUCACUCAUUUGUCCGUAAGGAAAAUAUUAUAGGGAGAGAUAAAGAUAAAAUGGCAAUUAUCCAACUUUUGUUGGAUUCCAUCUCAACUGAGAAUGUGUCAACCAUUUCCAUAGUUGGAAUUGGAGGAUUGGGAAAAACUGCACUUGCCCAACUCAUAUUCAACGAGGAGGUGAUUCAAAAGCAUUUUGAGUUGAAAAUAUGGACAUGUGUCUCUAAUGUAUUUGAGUUGGAUAUCGUAGUUAAGAAAAUCCUUCAAUCCAAAAAUCAUGACGAGAUUGAGCAGUUGCAAAAUGAUCUGAGGGAAAAAGUAGAUGGGAAGAAGUACCUACUUGUGUUGGAUGACGUGUGGAAUGAGGAUCGAGAGAAGUGGCUUAGCUUGAAGAACUAGUUAAUGGGUGGUGGAGAAGG